GACGUCUUCCAAGAGUUCUCUCUACAGUGGUGUCAUGUCUGACCAGCCCAGCCACUCACUCCCACAGCCAAACGGACGUGUUGGAGGGUCAAGCCCCAGAACCGCCCAGCGAAGCCCCAGACAUGCUCAGCUUGGCUCCCCACCAGGGGCUCCAGCUCCAGACCUGCCCGGCAGAGCCCCCUCCCAGAGGGGACUAGCUCCGGACGGGACUCCGGUCCUGUUGUGGGCCCAGACCGAGGAGCUGUUUGAGCUGAUCGCCUGCUCCCAGAGCCAGCGCCUGGACGACCAGAGGGCCAGCGUCAGCAACUUCCCCGAGCAACUUUCCCUGCCCAGCCUCGGCCACCGCUGUGGGGCCUGCAGCGUCCAGGGCCCAGGCGAAGACUUCUUCGACAUGCUCAUCAAAUACCAGUCUUCCAGGAUAGAGGACCAGAGGUGUACUCUGCCUGACCCUGGCGGUUCUGACGCUGGUUCUGAGGGACAUGAGGACUUGUUCAGCCUGAUCCAGCGGGUCCAGGCCAGACGCAUGGACGAGCAGCGGGCCCCUCUGCACGCAGACGAGGCCCAGGCCAGCAGCACCCUUCCAGAGGCGAAACCUGCCCCUAAACCCAGCUAGAACCAGGAUCAGCUAGAAGCUUCUAUAACCAACUAGAACCUGCCAGAACACAGCGAACCAGAACCAGAUCACUAGGGGGCGCUGCUAAAUAAGACCGCACGCUGCUUAGAGAGACUGAAUAAACCUUCCUCAUGGACUUUUGUGAACUUCAGAGCACACAGGUCGUGUGAGCUUCUUGUCACUUGUUCCUUCAUAUCUUUCAUAACAGGAGUCUGUGUGAAUUGAAGAACCAGGGUGUAGAUAGAACUAGCAUAGCUCGCUCUCUGCAUGUCCUGACUUUAAUCGUUAGAAACAGAAACCAUGAGAAGGCAUGGACAUGUAGAACUGCAGGUUCCCUUCUCGGCCACACGAGGGCAGUAUAUAAUUGUUAGUUUGAUUGUAAUGUGACCGUGUCAGAUGAUGUUACUGACUCAACAUAUGAUGUACAUCACUGUUUCUCAAAACCCACACUGCUACAUACCCGUACCUAACCAUAAGGACAGGUGUAAGCUGACAGCCUAUGUACUUUGUGCUCUGCUCUGUUCAGCUCAACGGCCGCAGGUGGGCCGACGCUGUCAUGUUUUAAAUAAAGAAGGGACAGGAGUUCUUCCAUAUCAAAGAAGGUGUUGAUGAUUACUGGGAAGUCAGCCCGU